GUCCCAUGGAAGCCGGUGACCAACAAUUGGUUCAUACGCCAUUUGUUCCCGCAGGAUACUGGAGCCCAUGUGCACCAUUGGUUUGGAAUCCGGUUAAAGCGCCGGACAUUCGCUUUUCAUCCUCUCAUUUUCGUAAACAACACCCCCGCCACGAGAAGGCAGUGAGUAGGACUUCCCUGGCAGAGGCUAUAUACGCGUGGCCAUGUGAGAGCAUUUCGAGAGGGAGAGCGGACUCUCCCCACUCUCGGUCGUACCAGGGCAUUUGGGGGCAAGCUACGAAUAUAACAUUUUGAUCAACAGCCAUAAUAACUUACGAAUCGAAUCUAAGACAAGAUUAUAUAUAUAAUUGACAACUGAGUAAUAACCAAUAUCCUAUUGUCUAGUCUUUUUGUGCUAAUUUAUAUCAAUCAAGUUGCAGCGUGACCCAUUAAGUUGUGGCUUGACACCUUAGGACACUGUUCUGAUAAACAGCUUAUUACCACUUUUAAAAAUUUAUCAGGACAAACGUCCAAAUCUGUGGGUGUCUGUCCUCCUAGUUUGUUCGCGGUCUCUGAAAGUGUUGGAAAUCACAAGGGUGACUAACUAGUCUUUCUCUUGACCAAGACAUGAGUUUUCCGUGUUUGUUUGCUUUCACUCUUCACAAAGUCACUGGAAAAAAAUAUUUGAAGACUAAUUAGUUCGAGUUUGUGGUUACAAGCUACUAAAUGACCAUAGUUUCCCUAACAACAGGUUGAAUGAAACUUUAUCAUACAUUGGAGUGUGAAUCGCUGAUAUAUGCACCUAACUCCUCUAUGAAUAGACAUUUAAUAACCUUAUCUCUUAAAGAGGCAUGUUUCUUGAGACUCUCCACGUGAAUACUCACAUGUGUUUAAACCAGUACAUGGUCGUUGUUUAAUCAAAUACUCCAAUACUGUAGUAGGGUCGAUACUAGGAAUAAUUCGUUCUCAUUUUCAAAAUAUUUUAAUAUCCCCCACAUUUCGUUAAUCAUUUUAGAAUAAUUCCAAGUAAAUUGAGCAUUGGUUAGAUUGUUAUCAAUGAAAACAAUAUAUUUGUAAUAUCCCAAUGAGUAGAAGAAUUACACUUUUCUGACGUUUCGUAACUCAGUAUAAGCUACCUCUUCAGGGAACAAAUAAAGAAAUAAAAUUAAUCCAGGUUUAAAUAGUACAAAGGAACGAAACAAGAAUAUUUGGUGCGAUCAAUGAAGAAAAUAGGUCUGACCAAGUCGAUGUCGUCAUUCCGGUCAAGGUGAUUCAUAUGAGGCAUGUUUGUGUAUGUAUGUUUAAGGAUAAAAAAUGUGACAUUUGUCGUACGAAAGGAUAGAGUUGAACUUUUCUACUCAUUGGGAUAUUACAAAUAUAUUAUUUUCAUGUCAGAAUAAUUAUUUUCAUUACCUGUGAAUGAAACGAAUUUCUGUUAGUGUUAACCUACUUCCUUUUUUUAUCAACUACAGUAAUGAUAACACUAUCACAUACAUAAUAGAAAGCUUAAUCUUCUCUUGAUUAUAUUAUCCAAAAAUACCCAUUUUAUAUCAACCUAUGUACUUAAUCUGUCUUGCUUCCAUAUGGCUUAUACUGUUUCUUUUCUGCAUUUUCAUCAUACUCAGGAGCUCGCUACCGUUGGUGUUUUGGGCGUUCUAGAUCGUCCUGACUUACCAAAUAGCUGCUUACAUAAAGUUGUAUCUAACACGGCCGGUUUGAACCAAGCGUUCCAUUUUUUCUGGUCAAUUAUAAUUACACAAUUAUCCGUCAAUAGCCUAAGAAAAUGUUCGGAAGUUUUUUGGAGACCGUCACAUCGGAUGGUCAAAAACUGUUAUAAGAAUGAAGAAAACAACUGCAUCUGGGGGUUUUUAGAAGCUAUUUUAGUUCUCUCAUGUCAUCAAUAAAAAAACUUUCACGUCAGAAAACCAAUCCUAGAACACUCGGGUUAACAUUUUGAAAGUGAAUUCAGUUGGUGUGGUACUCCAGCAGCUUCGACUUCAAAUUGUGUCCUAUGAUUCAUAAAUAUACACACCGAAAAGUAAAGAUUUAUUAGGAAUUUAAAUCACCAAGGAAUAAAUUCAGCAUUCUUGUCUAGAAGGAAUAUAACAGACUGAAAUUACUGAGUCACUCCAAAACAAAAUAGUCAUUGUACCUAUCGCUAAAGCAUCAUACGUAGUGUAUGUGAAAUUCGUCCAAUAUAAAUUUAGUACCUGUCCCGUCUAAAAUAAUAGCUGCAAUCAAAGUGGAGGCAAUAUACUAAACAAGUGAGAAAUUGGCCAUCAACGAGCAGAUCUAUCUUCAGGUUGUGGAUGAAUGGUUCACGUGUCCAACCUCAACUAUGUCUUAAUAAUCACACAUUUUAUGUUAAUAGUUUUGUAGGUCCUGAUAUUAUUAGGGAUUUUUUUAUUCGUCAGAUGAAACUGCUCUGGAAAGAUGACUUUUAACAUGUUCUUUAGCAUCUCAAAGCCUUAUAGAGGAAAGUAAGCUCCCAACCUCACUCAGAAUGAUGAAACACAAUGAAUAUUCUCUGUCUUCAAAUUGAUCAAGGGUCUAGACAAUGUUGCCUAGUUUCAUCAUUUCCUCUGUAACUAUUGCACGUAUAGCGUAUGAGGUUAGUAUUAUAUCUACAACUUAUGAAAACACUAAAACUUCAGCUUGUUGACUAUAUUAUCUUACUGUGCGGUCCCACAAGCCUUGCAAAUCGGUAAAUAAUCUGACGUUUGCUGGACUACAUAAAGUCACAUCAAUCUGAACAUAUCUAUAUUAAUCAAGUAGUUGUAUGCUUAAUGUCCUUGGUCAAAUCGUGGGACUGACACAAGUAAGAGGUAUGUAACCUAACCAUAUCUUAUAUCGCACUCCAUCCUGCUACCUCCGUAAGUCAGUUGCAUUGAAAAAAGUGUACUGGGUCACUCAAGUGGUGUAUUCUCAUUUUCUACUCAUAGUCAAGUUCUAAAUUUCAUGUUAGUUAUUUCAUAAUCAGUGUUUAUUAGUAUAGUAUCUUCAUUGCACCUUUCAGGUGUAAAGUAAUUUCAUAAGAUUAAUAGAAGUUCAUGUUCGUAUUAAAUCAUACGAUAGAACUGUCUUUGCAUUUAUUAGCUAUAUAUUAAUGGCGGCGUGACAGACAAAACAAAUCUCUAUACAACGAAAGUAUGGAAGUUUCAUAUCAUUUUUGAAGUAACCGUACCAAUGAUAAUCGGCUGUGCAACUCUUCAAUGAGAGAAGCUAUAUUACACAUCUAUGAAACCUGAUGUCCACAAGCUAACGGUGCAGACUACUUUUGGGCUCAGGGCAGACCGCUUUUUAGUGAUUACGAUUUCUAUUUGAGUAAUCCAGAUACCCUUAACGUAUGGUAUCUCACGGACUGAAUAAAGCAGAGAAACAGUCCAUAAGAUGGUGCUGUGGGACUAAAGAUAACUUCGUCAGAUUAACAUCUUUCGACUUAUCAGAACCCCGAGAUUACACAACUGUGAUGUAAUAGGACUCAAAGUUAAAGUUCAUGACAGUUCAACUUCGUACUUUAGUCUUCAGCAUCAAUAGUAAAUUGAAAUUUGAAGUGAACUAAAUCCUUAUCUCACUACUGCUCAUCAUGAUUUUUUCGUUCAGUAUAAUGGUUACUUCAUUAAAAUGCCACCAUAUUUGCAUGUUUCAUUUUUUUCUUUGAUUAGUCAUAUUUUUUCUAGAUAUUUCGCAUAUGAAUGAUAACUUUAGUUUUACAAUAGGAAUCUAGUCAACUGUCUAUUAGUUGUAUUCUGAAACUUAUUCAGUUAGUAUUUGGAAGGAUCAUUCUCAUAACCAACAUGGUCGUUUAUUCAGCCACCUUUGUCAUUCCAUUAGUUUAUCAAUCAGUUUUUAUGUUUUCUGGGCGACCCUACAAGACAUGACUCAAAAUCAAUUACAAUAGUGAUUUGCGUGGAUUUUUCUAGAUCUCGAAUAUUUUAUUACUCAUUUUUUUCUUCUUUAGAUACUUAAUUGUUUUAACAUAAGUACCUCUGGACGUUAUUAGAUAAUGUUUUUGUGUGACAGCGUAUCUAUCUGGUGGCCCAUUGGAAGGAAUUAUAAAUGCAAAGCAAUUAGUAAUUAUCUUAGGUCUAUUUGCUGUGUUUGUUUUUUGUCAUUUUUAAAAAAUUAGUUAUAUGGUCUGUUUAUUCAAAUCAUACGUAUUUUAAAAAAAACAAAUAAAAUUAAAUGAACACUUUCAUUCAUGUACUUGUAUAGUUACAUUAUUGUUAGUUAAGAAAAUUACAUCUGUAGAUUAUUAUACUGGAUUGAAAAGCUUUUAUGUUAAUUAACUAAUCUAAUGUACAGAAUAAUCCAUCAUUAUAUUACUAUUAAAUGUCACAAACAAAAUAACCGUCAAAACUAGAAUAGACUGCUGCACUACUUUUUUUUGGUCAUUGAAAUAAAUAUUCACCAUUUUGAUGUAUUUACCGUUUUUUAUCUGCUCUAUAUUACAUUCUUCCUUAUGGUUUAGAUCUCAUCAUCAGUUAGUAAAUGGCUAUACUACUGUGAUUACAACUGAUAAUAUUCAACCUCCAAACGGAUCUAAUUCACACACAGAAUUUAACAUCUCUAGUGGGCCUAGAGUGCCAGCAAAUCAACAUGAUAGGGAUUUCUGGUCAGCUUUAAUAGGAUCUCUAUUUGGAUCCCAUAAAUCUUCAUCUACAAGGAAUACUUUAGCAACUGUUGACUCAACUUCUAGAGGUCAAGAUGCAGAAUUACCUGACAGACAACGCCCUUUAAAUGAUUGGACUGAAGUCGAUGGUUUCUGGGAACCUAACAACCUAUCUGCUUCCUCUUCACUGUCAAAUUCUAAUGUUAAUUCCCAAAAUACUCAAAUUGAUUUGUCAUUACCACCAGGUUGGGAAAGACGUUUUGACAAGUCAACUCAGAAAUAUUAUUUUAUCAACCAUAAAUGUAAAAUCACUCAAUGGGAGGAUCCACGUGAACGUGGAAUGGAUGAAACCCAACCUCUCCCGCCUGGAUGGGAGAAACGUUAUACCGCCCAAGGACAAAGGUUUUUCAUUGAUCAUAAUACCCAUACUACUACCCUUGUUGAUCCACGUACUGGACAACAUGCUGGUUCAUUGGGUAGUAUGGGAGUCCCAUUGCAAUAUGAAAGGAAUUUUCGAUCCAAAGUCAAUUAUUUUCGUGCUUGUUGUACAAAUGCCAUGUUAAAUGGGCAGACUAAACUUCUUAUAUCAAGAGAUAAUUUAUUAGAGGACUCGUUUCAACUGGUAUCCCAAAUGUCUUCAUCUGGUUUAAGAAGACGUUUAUCUAUAACAUUUCUACAUGAAGAAGGUUUGGAUUACGGUGGAGUAGCCAGAGAAUGGUUCUAUCGUCUUUCAAGAGAAAUUUUAAACCCAAUGUUUGGCUUGUUUGAGUAUACUGGAACAGAUUAUGCCUUACAAGUAAAUCCAGCCUCUCAUGUUAAUCCAAAUCAUAUGGCGUAUUUUCGAUUCGUUGGACGCUUUAUUGGUAUGGCACUUUUUCAUGGUCGCUGCAUUGAUGGUGGGCUUACUCUUGCUUUUUAUAAGCAAAUUUUGAAGCGGAAAUUAACAUUAGAAGACCUUGGCCAUACGGAUCACAGUUAUUAUCAAUCGUUAAUUUAUGUCAGAGAUAAUCCAGUUGAUGAGUGUGAUUUGGACUUGUACUUUAUUGGAACCUAUGAUCUUUUAGGCGCUUUGCGUGAAGACGAACUUAUUGAAGGUGGCAAAGAUAUUAAAGUGACUGAGGAAAAUAAAUCCGAUUAUAUCAGACUGAUGGUUGAUUGGCGAUUCAACAGAGGAGUAAAAAAACAAACAGAAGAAAUUCACAAAGGUAUUUUUGAAGUACUAAAUCCCGAGUGGCUGGAAUUAUUCGAUGAGCGUGAACUUGAAGUAGGUCUUUUGAGAAAGUUCGAAUGACUUCAAAUGUUCUACUGUACUAUAUCUAGUAUUGUCGUAAUUCUCUGUGCUGAGUAUACAUCCCAUAAUUAACCUAUAUUUGAUAUUCUCGCACAUAUGUUUCUUCAGCAUUUUAGCUUGAUUAAUAGUGUUUUAGACUUCACCUCAGUAAAUUUUCAGGGCUUCAUUUAUGAAGCUGGCAGUAAUUAUGUUUGGCGAGUGAUAAUAACUAACUGAAGUAACAUAAUGAAAUGAAAGUUUAACGUUCACACCAUUAAACCUCAGAUGUGAAAAAAGUUUUUAUUCCCACGACAUGGUACACAAAAUCGACUAGAUAAACUGCAAAAAAUGUACAAUCUCAGUUUCCUCUCCACCAUCUACUGUUAUACAUUCUUAUGUUAUUAUAGGUUGACUAAUUUGUUUGCUUUCUUCACAAUAAAUUACAUACACUACAGUAUUACAAUCAAAUUCAACCUUAAAAAUCGAUCAUCUCAAUGUUGGGUGUUGGCAGACGUUACACGUCAACAUGAGCAUAACUCUUGUUAAUCAAACUAAUCACUUUUAUGUUUGUAUGUGUGCCUAAAAAUCUAUCCGUUUCCACUACCUUCUGUUUCAUUUACAGAAAUUCUUAUUUAUCUCAACCCUUUUUCAUAAUUACACCAUUAAAAUGUGUUAUUUAUAGACCCUGUAUGGAUUAUUGAUUCAUUAGCUUUCCUUUGUUCUCUGUAUAUUAUUUCUUAUUGUUGUUCGCUUUGUUCACUUAUUGCCUUCUCGUUAAUUAAUUCAUAUGCUGUAUGCGUAUUAUUAACUAGUACUUUUUCUUUCAAAAUAAUAUGUUGGUCAAUCCAAUAACUAAAUUUUCUGUUAGUUGUAAAGAUUAGUAUUUCAAUGUCUAUUAUUUGGACUGAAAAGGACAAUUAGUACAAAUAAACACCAAAAUAAAUAUGUGCCACACAAAUAAGUGAGUUAAAUUGUGAAUAGACAGAUCAAGGAAUGUGAAUAUGAUAAAAAAAAAGCAAUUAAAUCAGAUGAAAUUAUCAAAACAAACACCACAGUAAUAGACUUAAUAACUAUCAAUGGUCGUAAAAAAAACACUGGCCAUAAAUAAUCACACUCAUACCUCUGACAGCACCUUGUUCACCAUCAAACCCCUUCAUUACUUCUUAAUAUUUCUCCAGUCUUCACUAUCAACACUUCUCGUGUAUUUUUAUCACUACUACUACUAUCAGGUUAACCAUAAAGUGAUAUCCGAUUCGAAACAGCCUGGUAUAGAUGUUCAAACAACAACGAGAUUUGCUAGUAACUUGAACCAAAUUUCUAGAAGUACUAGUGGAUUCAAGCAGUGUGUACUGGAUAGAUAGAGGCGUGAGCACUAACCCUGACAGGCUCAAAGAAUAAUUGGUAGCCAAGGCACCUUGAGCAUAGACUGACAAAAAGCUUGUGCAAUGAUUAUGAGCUGUAAAAGUCCAUGAAAGAAGAGAUUGAAAAAGGAACAUCAAGGAAGCAGGUAUUAGAAAGGCAGGUGGUGGUGAACUAUAUUAUCCAUUCUCAAUCUAGGAGAUUAGAUAGAUAGCGAAAAUACUAGGGAAGAAUUCAACUGACCUCCGGUUAGCUACCCUUCAGUUAUACUCUAUCUCUAACUCUUAUUGAAGCUGAAAGGAUAAUAGAUUACAGAAAAUGAAGUAGGUUAACAGGCCUUGAUGGUUUAACCCCGUAGAUAGUGGUCCAGUUUUACUAGUUAAAUUGAUUGAGAUAUUGGCCAGAGUUUGGGAACUGGAUGUAAUCCAAUCUGACUGGUCUCGACGACUGAUCGUUGCCGUCUAUAAAAAAAAAUGAAAUCCCUUUUGUGACAACCACAAAAGGAUCGAUUUGACGAACAUAGUGUCUGAAAUACUAGCCUUUCUAACUAUUCGACUCUCAAAUAAAGCUUGUGAAGACCAAUCUUGGGAAAUCAGGCUGGUUUCAGACAUGGACGCGAGUGUGCUGACCGAAUAUUCGCCCUUCGUCAAGUACUGAAAUAUAGAUAUACUUUCUAACAUUUGACUGUUGUUGUAUUCCUUGUUCUUGAGGCAGCAUUCGAUCGUCUUGAUAGACACACUUUACGGAGGUAUCUGGCAUUGAAAGGUACAUCAAUGAAGAACACUUAUCUUUACUCAGUACCCUAAAUAUAAUCUUAGUAUUGCUCAUUUGUUAGUGUCAAUAUGCUUGAGCAAUCCUUUGAAGAAGUCUAUAAUCAAAUAAUAGUGUUGAACAGCCAUCCUCUGUUACUAAUGGCUUUGUUUUACGCUGUUAAAGUAAAAGCAAGCGAUUUAUUUUAAUAGUUCACUAUUACUUAAAAGUUUUAGCUCACCACCGUAUAAUUAUUUCAGACCGCUGUUUAUCGUUCUCUUCUUUUUAUUUUGAAGCUCCUAUUAUCCGGUAUGCCAGAGAUUGAUGUUGACGAUUGGGAAAAGAAUACGGUCUACAUAAAGUACACACGAUCAAGUAAACAGAUUAUUUGGUUUUGGAAGUUGAUUCGAAAACUUGAUAAUGAACAUCGUGCUCGUCUUCUACAAUUCGUCACAGGUACCUGUCAUUUACCAUUAGGAGGCUUCUCUGAAUUAACUGGCAGUGGUGGUCGUCAGUUAUUUUGUAUAGAGCGUACAGGCGAUGAACAAUGGCUACCACGUAGUCACACAUGCUUCAACCGGUUAGAUUUACCGCCAUACAAUUCGUACGAUCAAUUGUGCGAAAAACUGCAAAUGGCAAUUGAAGAAACUAAGGGAUUUGGGCAAGAAUAAAUCUAACCUCCUCUAUGACUUUCCCUUAAAAACACUUAAAUUAUAAUGUUAUUUUUAUUGUGUAUAUUCCAGUAAUCAUCUAUCACAGUAAUGAUUGAUGAGAAACGUUUUGUGGAGGUUAGAGUAGGCGGUGAAGUGGUAAAAUCAGUGGUAUACUGUGUUUUGAAUAAACUGUGAUCUAUUACCAAUUAGUAAUCUUUUUUUAGUAUGUAAUUUCCGUUUUCUCUUUUCGAUUACCAUUAUUAUUAUUAUUAUUAUUGUCUCUGGGUAAUGAAAAUUAUUUUAUUAAAUAUUUUUUUCUAAAUUUUGUUUUACUGAUUUUGUCUUCAAUUUACAUACGAUACUCUCUACAUAUGUGUACCCAAAGAUAUGUUUUGCUUUUAUGCUAAAUUCAUCAAACAAAUUAUGUUCGUUUGUUUGCGAACAAAACGUGUCAGAUGAUAUGGCUCUCGUUACUUUCCCAGUUGUCAAUGAAUUGGCCUUAUCAUUGACUGAUUUAAUUAGACUAAAAACACAAUGCAUCAUUAAAAACUAAUGAUAUUGGACUUCUUCAACCUUUGGAUAAAAUUUACAUCAAUAAGUUUAUAAGGCAUUUGAAAUUUUGAGACUCUGAAGAGAACUUGCAAC